AUGGAAUGCCAGAGGAACAUUUCAGAAUUUCUCCUCAUGGGGCUAUCUUCCAAGCACAAUAUUGAAGUGCUUUGCUUCAUUUUCUUCUUAUUCUGCUACUUUGCCAUCUUGUGUUGGAAUCUUCUCAUCUUUUUCUCAAUUAGAUACAGUUCUCUCUUCAAUCAACCCAUGUACUAUUUCCUCAGUCAUUUAUCUUCCAUGGACAUUUGCUAUACCUCCUGUGUGACACCCAAAUUGAUUGGGGAUCUGCUUGUAAGGAGAAAAAACAUCUCCCAUAGCAACUGCAUACUGCAGGUAUUUGUCAUGCACUUCUUCGGAAUGAUUGAAAUCUUAAUCCUGACAGCCAUGGCCUUUGACCGCUGUGUGGCCAUCUGUAGGCCUCUUCACUACAUGGUCAUCAUGAGCAGACCCAGGUGCCACGUUCUUAUCUGGGCUUCCUGGAUUGGUGGUGUUGCCCAUUCCCUUCCCCAGGUUAUGAUGUUAAUCUGUUUGCCCUUCUGUGGCCCCAACGAAAUUGAUAACUACUACUGUGACAUUUUCUCUUUGCUGAAAGUUGCUUGCACUGACACCUACAUCACUGGUAUCCUCAUGGUUGCCAAUUCAGGAGUUGUUGCUUUUGUAAUCUUUGUUCUCUUGUUUGGUUCAUAUGUAGUUAUACUGUUCACAUUAAGACAUUACUCAGCAGAGGGGAGACGCAAAGCUCUUUCUACCUGUGGGUCCCAUAUCUCUGUGGUUAUUUUAUUCUUUGGACCUUCCAUCUUUUCCUACCUUAGACCACCUACCACUUACCCUGAGGACAAAAUCUUUGCCCUGCUUUACACUAUUAUUGCUCCUAUGUUCAACCCCCUCAUAUAUACUCUAAGAAAUACAGAGAUGAAGACUGCCAUAAAGAAGGUUUGGUGUCAAACAACAUUUUUAGGAGAAAAGCAUAAUUAA